GGUGCAUUUUGUCGUUUCCAAAUCCUUGGGGGAUGGCUUCUAAAAUGUUUUUAGUAGCUCGAAAAUAUGCGGCGGAGCCAUGCCGGUGUUUGAUAAUUGCUAAGAAAAUGGCGGGAGUGGCUUGCCAGAUAUCACUCAGCUCAUCAUCGACCCUGAGGAGGGUUGGUCAUCGGCCGAGAUGCUUCUCUGGUUCGCCGGAGAAGAGAACGCCGGCUAUUCUGAAAUGGGCGGUUGGCGGAGUCACUGAAUUGCUCCGGCUCGCUUCGUCACCUUCUUCUUCCAUCCCUAAAAACAAGGAUAGAUCGAAUUCAGAGGUUACAGAUCGAGAUGUUGAUGAUGUGAUGGGAAUUUUGACAACAGAUUAUGGGAAUGCGUAUUUCGUCACAGGAAUCUUCACUUGUGCAGUUUACUCGGAUGAUUGCAUCUUCGAGGACCCAACAAUCAGCUUCCAGGGUACGGAUUUGUAUGAACGCAACUUGAGAUUACUGGUUCCGUUCCUCGAAGAUGCAUCCAUUGAACUGCAAAAUAUGGAGAAAAGUGUGUCGUCCCAAAUAAACUAUAUACGGGCGACAUGGAAGCUAAGGACUUACCUGAAACUUCCAUGGAGACCAUUGAUAUCGAUCAACGGAAGUACGGUCUAUGAACUUGAUGGAGAUUUCAAAAUUGUGAGGCAUGUCGAGAGCUGGAAUGUAUCGGCGGUUGAAGCAAUCAGGCAGAUAUUCACUGUCAACUCUUUUCCCUCUCGUGGCUGAGAGUCCUAACCACACUAAGAUUCAUGCAUCCAUCCAUGCUCCAUAGAAUGUCUACUGUAAAUUUUUAGUUUAAGUGUUUACCGGAUUUGCCAAGUCAAAAUUGGAAAUCAUAACAGCAGAUAAAUUGUCAAAAUCAACUUUCUAUUGUUGGUAUAUAGUAGAGCUAUAUAUAUAAUAUAUAUUUCUCUGAUUUGUUCCAAGGUUCUUUUCUUGACCAUUGAGUAUAUAACUUUCUCAGUUAUUAGUAAUGUGCAAGAUUUUUAAACGACAAUGAAAUGAAAAGUUU